AUGACCUCGGCGGGGGAGGCGGCCGGUUCCCCCCCUCUGCCCGCCGCGGUCGGCGGCCAUCGGCGAAGCCCCCUGGACCGGCUCCCGCCCCCCGCCAACACCACCAAACCGCUGACCCCUUUCGGCAUCGAGGACAUCCUGGGACGCCCCCGCGGCGGGAGCCCCCCCGGGACUGGGACCGGUCCCGCCGCCCCCCCCGCCCCGGCGGGGCCCCGCGGCGGCGGCUGCGCCCCGGCCUCGCCGCUCUGGGCGCUGGAGGAACUCGCCAGUAAAACCUUCCAGGGGCUGGAGCUGGGAAUGCUGCAAGCAGCCGGAGGUCCGUCCCCGCCGGGCGCCCCGGGCCCGCGCCCUCCCUGCAGGAAGCGCCGCAAGUCCCGGACCGCGUUCACGGCGCAGCAGCUGCGGGAGCUGGAGCAGCGGUUCCGGCGGCAGCGCUACCUCUCCCCGGUGGACCGGGACGCGCUGGCGGCGCGGCUGGCGCUCUCCGCCGCCCAGGUCAUCACCUGGUUCCAGAACCGCCGCGCCAAGCUCAAGCGGGACCUGGAGGAGCUGCGGGCGGACGUGGCCUCGCUGCAGGCGCUGCCCCCCGCCGCCCUCCAGCAGCUGGCGGGGCUGCCCGAGCCCCCGGGGGCUGCCGGUACCGGCACCGCGGCGCCCGCCGAGCUCUCGGAGGAGGAGAUCGACGUGGCGGACUGAGCCCAGCCCGCUCG